AUAAAUUUAUAUAUAGAAAAAAAGUAAAUUACUCAUAAUUGAAUCAUCAUACAUAUAAAUGUGUGACCUUCACUGUAAUUUCACUUCUUAAAUUAAUAACCACGAAAUUAUACGACAUGAAUUUUUUAAAAAUUAUAAUUGUCUCUAUAACGUAAACAAUCAUCAAGAGCUCAUGAAAACAGCCAAGCAAAAAUGGAGACCAAGAAAAUAUUAUUGUUGUUGUUGAUAACAAUCGCUACCGUGAGUACAAGUGACAUAACGUCAUCAAUAUUCGGAAGUUUUCUAGAAUUUUCACCAGCUGCAUUUGGUGAUUUUAACUCUGAUGAACUAACUGACGUAUUUGUGCUAACGAAAGAUUCCAAGACCUUGGAAAUCAUGCUAGCUCAUGAUCAAGAGCCAAUACUGCGACCAUCAAACCUGACAUGCUCAUUCACGAACUCCAUUACCAGCGUAGUUCCAGGCGAUUACGAUGGAGAUGUCUUUAUGGAUAUCCUGGUAACGACCCAUGACUCCAGUCUCGACUUGACCCAAGUCCACAUCAUCUGGGGUGGUAUUGGAGCUAUCAACUGUUCCAAUGAGUCGGAACCAUUCAUCACAAUGCGUGGGCAGCCUUUGGCAAUUGAUUUCAACCAGGACAUGAUCAUCGAUCUACUGGGAACUGACAUAAACAAUCAACGCACAUUUUGGAUAAACCACAACAGAACGAAACCAGAAGCGAUUCCUAUGGAAAAAUUCAAUCAACUUCCACUUGAGCCAAUGAAAAACCCACAUUCAAACUCAUUUCUUGAUCUUAAUGGCGACUUCCUGCCAGAUCUGAUGAUCACGACGGAAAAAGCUUUUGAAGUUUGGCACGGGAUCCCCAGUGGGUUCAAGCAUUUCACCAGCGUCGAGUGGCCUUUCGGAGUCACUGAUCUCGGCGGUCAUGUCGGUCAAUCUUUUUACCUCGACAUUGAACUGAAAGGCAAGCUAGACCUAGUGGUUCCUCUUUGUUUCGAUUACUACUGCCGGAACUCCACGAUCGCCGUCUACCACAACGGCUGGCACAACCUGCAGAUAAAUUUCGCCGACGACAAGAAAGAAGUCUGGGGUUUCGUGCCGCCAGACAGCCGGAAAAAUGUUCUUUAUACCAACGCAAUUACUCUGCACGCCGGCGAUUUCAACAUGGACGGCUACCCCGACAUACUUGCGACUCUCCAAACCACCAAAGACAACAAAAUAAGAACAUUCCUGUUAGAAAACAUUCCUUGUGACAACUGCGGUGGCGUAAAUCGUACUUUCGAGGUCCACUGGAGUGCGCUAAGCCCCUUCCAGAAUGAAUCAGUGAUGGGUGUGUUUUAUGACUUUUACCAGGACGGAGUGCUGGACGUUAUUCUUGUGGAGUACGACAAGACCACCAGUCAGUACCACACCCGGGCGUUCAAAAACAGCCUCGACUAUGACGCGAACUUCAUCAAAGUGAUGGUUCUCACCGGUCUCAUUAACAGCAAGUACCCAAUAUCGCCCGGCUCCCUGGGCAAAAAGAAACGGACUUACGGUACCAACUUACCCGGACCUUCGAUUGCCUACAAGACCAAAACCCAAGAAGGUUAUCCACGCGAGGCGAUAGCUGCACAACUUCCUCAGAGCGCUUACUUCUCUUUGAAUUUGCCCUACACCACUUUCGGGCUUGGUCGCACCCCGAAUUUCAUCGACACGUUGACUAUUGGGGUCGCGGGAAAACACCGGGAGUGGCUGCAGAUAAUUCCAAACUCUCAAAUGGUCGUGAUACCGAACCCGAUAAACGAGGCCAACAGAUGGAAAGCCCAAUUAUUCGUAACUCCAAGCAAAUUAAUUUUACUGAGUGCCGCAGCACUCACAGGAACCUGCGGUCUGAUAUCCGUGAUAAUUAUAGCGCUCUACUGGAAAGAAAGAAGGGAAGACAAAAUAGAAAAACUGCAAGAGGCUCACAGGUUCCAUUUCGAUGCGAUGUGAAGUAAGACAAUGUUUUGAUUUUUUUACACCUAAUUACUGUUAUAAUUUAUUUAAAUGAUAUUGUUAAAUAAAUAAUAAUAUAUACGUGA